AUGGACACAAAAGAAGACGCUGAACCUCAUGCUUCGAAAAAUGAGGAUCGAAUUUUGUCGUCAGCUUCCACGCUCAAACAAACGCCCGGGGAGGCUAUUAGAGCUGCUGGCGAAGUAUUGAACGCUGUGUACUCUAAUGUCUCAAGCGUUCCACCUAUGGAGGCUCCUUCACAUAGACGUGGCCACAGCGAAACUGUGAUUGAAGGAUUUCGACGUAGUGAUAGCUUUCGAAAGUUGAAAUCUCACGUGCAAAAGGCCUGGCGGUGGGGUGGUAGAUCCCGUGAAGAUGGCUUUUCGUCGUCUUUCAAUCCUGAGGACCUGGCAAACCAGAAACGCCAGUGGUAUCAGCUUCAUUCUAAAACUAUGGAUUGUGUAAAUUAUAAGGAGCCAACCUCGCUCUUUGAAAAUUUUGUGAUUGUGGGGCUGCUUCCAGAUGCUAAUUUGGAAGCUGUGGAGGAAGCAUUUGUAGAAAGGAAGAAAUGGCAAAAAGAGAUGGCAAAAUCUGAAUUUGUAGACUCCAGAACAUCGCGGCAACAGGGGCCAGCAGCACCAACUUUGGAACCUCAGUUACUUUUCAAAUAUCCUCCUGGGAAGAGGCUAGCAAUGCGUAAGAAGGAUUUAGCCUCGUUUUGCUUUCCUGAAGGUGUAAAGGCAUGGGUGUUGGAGAGGACCCCUUCUCUGAGUGAGCUAAAUGAACUUGUCUAUGGACAGGAGCAUUUAGGCAGAGAUGAUUUGUCAUUUAUUUUUUCAGUCAAGGUAGCAGACAACGCAACACUUUAUGGAGUUUGCUUACAUGUGCCUGAAAUUGUUCAACGUCCCCCGGGUAUUUUGGGUGUUUCUUCUCCUCGUUCUCCACCUGCAGCAUUCAGUCGUGUUCUAGUUUCUGCACCUCGUUGUUACUGUCUGCUCACUAGAGUUCCUUUCUUUGAGUUGCAUUUUGAGAUGUUGAACAGUCUCACUGCACAGGAGCGUCUAAAUCGAAUAACUCAGUUUGUAGGUGAUAUGAGUCUCACAGGUUCCUUUACAUUAAGACAUAAACCAGAUGAUCAAAUGAGUUCACAUACUGUCUCCCAAGAGAGGGAGUGUAUAAGUGAUUGGAUGGCUUGUGCAAUACCUGUUGGUGAUGUAGCAGCUAUCACUGCUGCUGCUGCAGGAAUUAUAACUGAUGAUGAGAUCCCAAACUUGUCACCCAAAUGGGAUCCUCAAUCCCCUGUAAGCCUGACUGGCAGUGAAGCUUCAGAUUUUUCCCGAGAUAGCAAGAAGUAUCUGCAUGAUCAUGAUGACUGUAAUUUUGGGACACCGGAAACCCAGCCAGAUGCUUCAGAAAGAACGUGCGAAAACUACGAAAAUGGUCAUAUUUCUCCAGAGUUUGGAACUCCUUUAUCUUCUCGAGGUCCUGUAUUGGAGCGUAUAGGGAGUUCUGAGUCACUUUUCAGAAGUCCAGCUAGAAGCAUGACAUCGGAUGAUGAGAGUGAUCUUUUUGCAAAUACUGAGAAAGAUUAUGGGGAUGAAUUCUUGAUGGAAUGGGCUAGGGAGACUAAGAACGAUUUGCUACAGAUAGUGUGUGGAUAUCAUACUCUCUCUAUUCCGCCUCGAGGAAGUGAAUUUAUUUUUCACCCUCUUGAACAUCUUCAGGCCAUUGGCUAUAGACGGGCUUCAGUUGCUGCUCUUGGUUUUCAUGGAAAUUAUUUUAAAUUCUUGGAACCUGCUCAGGUCAAUGCAAAGUUGGCUGCUGCCGAGGAAGCUCUUGCAUUAUCGAUAUGGACAACUGCAACUACUUGUCGUGUUUUGUCCCUUGAUACUGUGCUGAGUUUGUUUGCAGGAGUGUUAUUGGAAAAGCAAGUGAUUUUAGCGUGUCAAAACCUGGGUGUUCUAUCUGCUGCAGUAUUAUCUCUUGUUCCAAUGAUUCGUCCAUUUCAGUGGCAGAGUUUAUUUUUACCUGUUUUACCUGGGACAAUGUUUGAUUUUCUUGAUGCACCAGUCCCAUAUAUUGUUGGCAUACAACAUAAACCGGAAGACUUCAAGAUGAAAACUACUGAUGUCAUUUACCUUAAUGUGCUGAAGGAUCAGGUGCACACGUGUCAACUGCCAAAACUGCCACAACAUAAAGAGCUUGCGUCUCAGUUAGCUCCAAUCCAUGCUAGACUUUCACGUGCAAGUACCGUAGCUAAAAAGCAUCCUGUAUAUAGGUUCAACGAAGUCCAGGCUGAGGCAGCAAGCCAGUUUUUAAAUGUUAUGUUCAACUACUUGGAGUCGCUUUGUUCUGAUUUGAGAUCCCAUACAAUAACUAGUGUACAAUCAGAUAACGACAGGGUUUCUUUACUUCUCAAAGAUAGCUUCAUUGAUUCCUUUCCUGCUAAGGACCAGCCAUUCAUCAAGCUAUUUGUAGAUACACAGCUUUUCACUGUUCUAUCAGACUCCCGUCUGUCGAGCUUUGAGAAUGGCUAUGACACGUUAUUUUAGGAUCAUGGAGUGCAACAGAAUUAUCUGUUGGACAUGGAUCGUUCAUAGAGAGGAAGACAUUGUUGGUCAUCUCCAGAUGCCAGUAAAUGGUCCUGUGCUUGGAGUGAUAGGAAAUCAAUUGGUAUUAUGUUAAUAUUAGUAGACUGCUAAUGCCCCAGCAUUGAUUAUCUACGCUGUGACUCCCAAGAAAAGAAUCAAAGCAUCCCUACUUUUCAAUGGAGGGAUCUUUCUUUGACUUGGACGUUCAAGUUCAA